AUUGUACUUUGGGUUCAUGCCGAAGCGGCUAUCGAUUGCAUUUCCCACUCCUAAUCCCAUAUUAUACUCUCGUACAUCAUCGGCCACUCACCGCCGGACCCAAAUCUUCCCGUCACCUUCAACUUCCCUCGGUCAAACCCACGCAACUUUAACCCGUCGAUGUGAAGAUUUAAGAGCGGGAAUGGACGUAAGUUCCCCUCUUUAAGCGGCGGUUCUAGCAUGCACUGUUCAAUUACGUUGAGGCAUUCGGAGCUUAUUCGAUUCUGGGGCUUUGGUUUUGGUGUGUGAAGAGCUGAUAGAUCGCAGAUGUCGAAUCAAGUCGUGAAAGUGAGGAGAGAAACGAUUGCGGCACACAUGACCUGCCCUCUUUGCAGUAAGCUCUUCAGAGAUGCCACUACCAUUUCCGAAUGCCUCCAUACGUUUUGCAGGAGAUGCAUUUAUAAGAAGCUCUCAGAUGAGGAGACAGAAUGUUGCCCAAUAUGUAACAUUGAUUUAGGCUGUGUCCCACUUGAGAAACUGAGGGCAGAUCACAAUUUGCAAGAUGUAAGGGCUAAGAUUUUUCCAUAUAAGCGGAGAAAGGUGAUGGCACCUGAGGUUUUGCCUUCAGUAAUGUUGCCUGCAAAGAGAAAGGAGCGAUCACUUUCUUCAUUAGUGGUAAAUACCCCAAGAGUGUCAACACAAUCUGGAACAACUGGAAGAAGGUCUAAAUCUGUUGCGAGAAAAUCAUUACGAGGUUCCGGUUUUGCUAUGGAGAAACCUAUGAAGAGAGAUGAAGUUGAUAUUGAAGACCAACCUGAAAGCUCAAACUCAAUUGAGGCCUUGCAAAAGUUCGCCCGGAAUGUCAGACAGAACACAUCCAAUGCUGAACCAUCCAGUCUCAUUGCACCUGUUAAAGAAACGGAUAAUGGUGCUGAACAGUGGGAUGUGAAAGUGGAUUUAUGGAAACCUUUGAAUUGUUUGGUGGAAGCUGCAAACCGGAGUAAGUCUUCAAGGUCUAUGUUGCAAGCUUCAUCUGCAAAAUCUGAACCUCCAUCUGCAUCUGACAAUGAUGGACAUUUCCGAAAAGCUAAAGUCACUGCGAAAGAACAUAAGUUUAAACUUUACCAUGAGAAGAGUAACGAUGGCCUUAUUCCUUCUGAACCCGAAAAGCCUCGAAAGUUGCAAAAAAUUCGUAAGAAGGAUCCCGCUUUUGGAAGUUUUAGGAUUUCACCACAAGACGUGCUUGAUGCUGGUGACACUAAAUGCGAAAGAAGGAUCAGUCCAAUUUGGUUCUCCUUAGUGGCCUCUGAAGAUCAGGAAGGAGGUGAACCACUGCCCCAGAUUUAUGCAAGUUUCUUGAGCGUAAAGGAUGGGAAUAUUCCAGUUUCUUUCAUUCAAAAGUAUCUGAUGAGGAAAUUGGAUCUCGCAAGUGAAUAUGAGGUUGAAAUAAGAUGUAUGGGGAAGCCCAUAGUACCCACUUUACAGCUAAAAAAUUUACUGGAAAUGUGGCUUCAAAUGACCUCUGCUGAAAGGGUAUCGGUUUCAAUUGGUUCCUCCGCCAAGGAUUUCGUAAUGGUGUUGGAUUAUGCCCGUAAGGUUCCACCUCCUUAACCCCUUCUUAUCCCACCAUUCUUUUCCAAGACAAAUUCUAUAGCGGAUACCAACACCAAUGUGAUCUUCUGACAUCUUCAUACUAAAGAAAAAUGUUGACCAAGGGUUUGACUUAUCAUUUCUAUUCUCAUGUAAUAUUGAAUAAAAAAAGCUAAAAAAUGCUUAGCCGAUAGAAAAUUUAUCAAGAUCAUCGGUUGUCCAGACGACUGGACUGGGUUCUGAUUUCAGAAUAUCGUUCAUCGAGUCAUCCAGAUAAACCAAGUGCUUAUUGCAUGCUGAACUGUCAUGUUUUCACACUUGAGGAUAAAUAGUGUCUGUUUCUAUAGGGAUAUAUUUUGAUAUUGUUAUUGCUGUGAAUCUGUGUUGUAUUCCGUACUAUUAUUUGAUUAAUAAACAAAUUUAUUUUCUGCUAGUUGUUUAAUCU